CUUAUAACUUAUUCAAUUUAACUUAGUUGAAUGCGUAAAGGAAGUCUCCAACGCUUCAGCUUUUCUGUAACGAAAAAGCGACUGUUUUUAAUCCAACCAAGUCGAGUUUGAAAUACCAAAAUCAUACUGGAGAUAGUUUGUAAAUACUUUAAGCUAGCACACGACCGAGACUAUAAUUAAACGUUGUGAUGGAAGAGAAAAUUGGCCUUAUUGCUUAUAAUAAACAGUUCUAGCGUGAAUAAAAGGAGAUAAAGUCAAUAAAUGGAGGUAAAACGAGUAUGUUUUAUAUAUCCAGGGGCUCGAAAUCCGACUAGAUUAAAAAUGUUAUCAACAAAGAAAUCCAACUGUGAAAUGUCAUGGUUUCGAACAUUUUUGUCUUGCCUUACAGACAAAUAUCAAACAAUGACCGUUCAUUAUUUUCAACGUUCUCAAAGAAAUGUUCUCAAAGAAAAACAACGUUACUGUCAUCAACAAGAACAACGCCAUCAUCGUUCAUCAACUCUGUUGAUGAUUCACAAACAAGUUUUAAGAGCGUUUGUCUUAUUUUAGAAACACGUUCAGUUACAUAUAAUUUAAAUGAUAUUUUACAAGAACAUCGGUAUUUUGGUUUAAAAUCGUAUACAUUUCAACUGCAAGAUAAACAGCCAACAAAAGCUAUUUUGAAACUAAAACCAUAUCAACAAGAUAGAAAUGAUACAUUUUGGCUAGCAUUUCAAAAUAGGCCAACAUUUCACGAUGAAAAUUUUAAUGAAUCAGAUAUUGACACAGACUCAGAUUCAAUUGAUUCAGAAGACAGUGACACGGAUCAAACACAAAUGUCCCCAAGUCAAUCCGCUCCAAAAGUAUUUCAUAUAACUAACGGUAUAUACAUGCAAUUAAGUCUUGGAUCACUCGUGAGUUUGAAUACAUUCCAUUGUUUUGAACAUGUUGAAAAGCCAACAUUGAAUGAAUGGAAAUUAAUAUUUUAUGAUAAUGCUAUUGAUUUGGAUUAUUCAAAAGACAAUAUAAAAGAUGAAUUUCGAAAACGAAUUAAAUAUGAAUUUAUUGAUCAAUG